CAUUAUAAAAUAUAAGCUCUCCGAGCGAGCGCAGCGCGUUUCAUAGCUGAAGCCAAGUUCGUAAAUACACCAGAGAAAAAAUACCUCGCAAAUAAUGAAGACCCACACAAAGCGGAUGGCUCGAGCCGUCGUUUUCGCGAUCCUGCUGUCGGCAUUAGCGACAACCUGCAGCGCUCGACCGGCCGAAGCCGCUGCUGCCAGCCUCGCAGCACCUGCUGCCCCGCAACCGCCGCCCAGCCCUCCCCAGCCGCCGCCGCCGCAGCAGCAGCAACAAACGACGGCUGCACCCCGAGCAGCAGCUAGUUCGGGAGUCUCCCUGUCCCUGCAGGCUCCGCCACCUCCGCCGCCUCCGGCGCAAUCCAGCGUCUCCGUGCAUGGAAGCCAACCGCAGUCCAGCUCCGGCGUCUCGGUCCAGGCGAGCCAGCCUCAGGGUCCACCAGCGCCCUCACCAGCGCCCAGCGGCUCGGUUUCAGUACAGUCAUCAGCUCCCGAGCAGCAGCAGCAGCAUCAGCAGCAGCAACAGCAGCCAGCCCACCAGCAAGUCUCCGUGAGCCUGCCCGGGCCACCACCGCCGCCUCCGGCGCCCAGCAGCUCCAUUUCCGUAGAGUCCACCGCUCCCCAGCAGCAGCAGCCAGCCCAGCAACAAGCCUCUGUGAGCCUGCCCGGACCACCACCACCACCCCCGUCUCUUCCCGUCAGCGCUUCCUUCAGCGUGUCGUCGUAAUUUCCACAAUCCAUUUCGACCUUUCUCUGUAUUUGGAACCCUCAUCAAAAUUUUAAUCCAAAAAUAAUUUCUCGCUACAUCAACUACUUGCAUGUGUUUUAAAUCACUGUCAUCAAAAUAAAGCAAGAGCCUUCUUAAGAGAGAUGGAGGAAGGAAAGCAGAA